AUGAAGCGAUGGAUUGUAUUAAUAACCAUAAUAAUUAUACUAGUUAUUCAGUAUUUAUUUACAGGUAUCAAAACUAAAGUUUCAAGAAAAUACUUCCAAGAUUUUCGAUGGAAAUCCAAAGAACCGAAGCAACAAGUAAUACUGGUGGCAUACAUGCGCAGUGGUUCAUCGUUUGUUGGUAAUAUUCUACAGUAUAAUCCGGAUGUAUUUUAUGUAUUUGAACCACUCUACACUCUAGAACAAUUUUAUACAAGUGCCAUAAAGAAACCGAUUACUUUUUUUCAUAAACCACCAUUUUUUAAGGGCGAUGUAGACUAUGAAGAAUUGAAAAAUGAGUAUGUGUCAAAAGCGUUAUCAUGUGACUUCAGGAAUCUUGAUAUCGACACACUGACACAUAUACACUGGAUUCGAGGGAAAAUGGAACCAUAUUACGAAUGUCUGAUAGGAAAUGGGAAAUUCAAAUCAACCAAUCAGAAAACUAGACAGUCAGCACCUGAUUUAAAAUCAAUAUCAAGGUCAAACAUUCUUAAAUGUUUACAUUUUCUUUAUAAAGAAUGUGACAAACGAAACGUGUCGUUGAUUAAAUUAAUCCGAUAUAAGAUGAGAAGUGCCGAAAUACUACUCGCAAAAUAUCCGAAUUACAAAAUAAUCAUUUAG